UUCGUGUUCAAAUGCAGGUAAGUCAUUUCAAACUAGUGCGGUGCCAGUAAAUUGAAAACCAUCUAAGGUAUAACUUAUCAAGUGGCGCUUUGUAAUAGUGAAUCAGCGAACAAUGAUUGCUCGGUUAAUUAUCCUAACAACAAUCUGGUGUAUUGUUAAUCUUCCUGUUUCGUCGGAUGCAAAUCUGUUUAUAGAUGCGCAAAAAGCUGUGAUCGCUCGCGAGGAAGCCCUUCUGAAACAGGCGCAUCAUGCGGUCAAAGACAGGAUCGACGAAGCAUUCGAUUCUGCACACAAAACACUGUUGAAUGUGGUUCAACAGAUGCAUUACUACAUAACGUAUCCACUUCGAGCUGGUAAUGGAAUGAUAGAACAAUCAAGAAGCAUGUUGAGCAAUGCCACAUCGUCAUUGUCUGGAUACUUGCCAUUUUUCGGAAGCCAAACAAUCGAAACCGCAACAGUGACCCCAAAUGGUAUCCGAACAACGGACGAAACAUCAUUAAGUGACAGGAUGCAAAUGAUGCGGGAACAAAUUUCCAAACUGUCUGGUGUGCGAGUUGUAUUCAAUACGGAGCCGGAAGUGUCAUCAGAUGGACCGUUGAUGCAGUAAGAAAUUGCUACUUUAUUGCAUUAGUAAUAUCAUACCUAAUGUGAAUGUUGCUUUCAGGAUCGGGAUCGAUGGCCAAGA